CGUCAAAAUGGUCGUUGGAGAAAGCUCAGGAGAGAAUGCAUGGUGGUUGAAUGGACGUAGCUUGACUUCACGGCAAUGGCGACUCUGCAACCAACAGCGCCAGCCGUAGAAACUUUGAGUGAGAUAGAGAGCUUACCUCCACCAAUAAAAAGAACAACCAGAGAAGUCUACCUGCAUUCUCCGAGACCCUGGACUUAUCCAUCGGAGAACGACGAUGGAGGCGAGUGCUGGACUGGUUGCCGGAUCUCACAACCGGAAUGAACUCGUUGUCAUCCAUGGCCAUGAAGAGCCAAAGCAAUUGAAGUCAUUAAAUGGUCAGGUCUGUGAGAUAUGUGGGGAUGAGGUGGGAAUCACGGCCGAAGGCGACCUGUUUGUGGCUUGUAACGAGUGUGGUUUUCCGGUGUGCCGGCCUUGUUAUGAGUAUGAGAGGAGAGAAGGGAGCCAACAGUGUCCCCAGUGCAAAACCAGAUACAAGCGUCUCAAAGGGAGCCCGAGGGUUGAAGGAGAUGAGGAUGAAGAAGACGUGGAUGAUCUGGAGCACGAGUUCAAUAUCGAAGAUGAGCAAAACAAGCAGAAACAUCUCACAGAAGCAAUGCUUUACGGGAAGAUGAGCUACGGGAGGGGACCCGACGUCGACGAGAGCACUCAGUACCCACCCGUUAUCGCCGGUGUGAGAUCCCGGCCGGUGAGUGGGGAGUUCCCGGUUGGGCACGCCUAUGGAGAGAUGCUGUCAUCUGCCCUCCAUAAACGUAUACAUCCUUACCCAGCUUCUGAGCCUGGAAGCACGAGAUGGGAUGAUAAGGGAGGUUGGAAAGAGAGAAUGGAUGACUGGAAACUGAAGCAGCAAGGAAAUUUGGGUCCUGACCCGGACGAUGUGGUCGACCCGGACAUGCCUUUGAUGGAUGAAGCUAGGCAACCACUUUCAAGAAAAGUACCCAUUGCAUCAAGCAAGGUCAACCCAUAUCGUAUGGUGAUCGUGACCCGGCUGGUUGUCCUUGCAUUCUUCCUUCGCUAUCGAAUUCUAAACCCAGUUCAUGAUGCCAUUGGGCUAUGGCUCACCUCUGUCAUAUGUGAGAUCUGGUUUGCCUUCUCUUGGAUCCUUGAUCAAUUCCCCAAAUGGUUCCCCAUUGAUCGUGAGACCUACCUCGAUCGUCUUUCUCUAAGGUAUGAGAGAGAAGGUGAACCAUCCAUGUUAUCUCCGGUGGAUAUAUUUGUGAGUACAGUGGACCCAUUGAAGGAACCUCCCCUGGUUACAGCUAACACAGUGCUUUCAAUCUUGGCCAUGGACUACCCAGUUGACAAGAUCUCUUGCUAUGUCUCUGAUGAUGGAGCCUCCAUGCUUACAUUUGAAUCACUCUCUGAAACUGCUGAGUUUGCUCGGAAAUGGGUACCCUUCUGCAAGAAAUUCGCCAUUGAGCCCAGAGCUCCAGAGAUGUACUUCUCUCAAAAGGUGGACUACCUCAAGGACAAAGUCCAGCCUACAUUCGUCAAGGAGCGUCGAGCCAUGAAGAGAGAAUAUGAAGAAUUUAAGGUCAGGAUAAAUGCUCUGGUUGCUAAGGCCAUGAAGGUUCCUCCAGAAGGGUGGAUCAUGCAGGACGGAACGCCAUGGCCAGGAAACAAUAUCAAAGAUCAUCCUGGUAUGAUUCAAGUCUUCCUUGGUCACAGUGGAGGUCUUGAUUCUGAAGGCAAUGAGCUACCUCGCCUUGUUUAUGUCUCUCGUGAGAAGAGGCCUGGCUUUCAGCAUCACAAGAAAGCUGGAGCCAUGAAUGCCCUGGUUCGAGUUUCUGCAGUGCUUACCAAUGCUCCUUUCAUGCUGAACUUGGACUGUGACCACUACGUGAACAACAGCAAGGCCGUCAGGGAGGCAAUGUGUUUCUUGAUGGAUCCCCAGGUUGGAAGGAAGGUUUGUUAUGUACAGUUUCCUCAGAGGUUCGAUGGCAUUGACAAGCAUGAUCGAUAUGCCAACAGAAACACUGUCUUCUUUGAUAUUAACAUGAAAGGUCUAGAUGGACUUCAGGGUCCAGUUUAUGUGGGUACCGGAUGUGUCUUCAGAAGACAAGCUUUGUAUGGAUAUGAGCCUCCAAAGGGUCCAAAGCGUCCCAAGAUGGUAAGCUGUGACUGCUGCCCAUGUUUCGGACGUCGGAAGAAGCUCCCCAAGUAUUCCAAGCAUGGCGGUACGAGUGGAGAAGGGUCUGCACAAGGAUUGGAGGAAGACACGGCACUGUUGAUGUCUCAAAUGAAUUUCGAGAAAAGAUUUGGACAGUCGGCAGCAUUUGUGACUUCAACUCUGAUGGAGGAAGGUGGUGUCCCUCCCUCUUCAAGUCCAGCAGCGCUUCUGAAGGAAGCCAUUCAUGUUAUUAGCUGUGGCUAUGAGGACAAGACAGAAUGGGGUACCGAGCUGGGCUGGAUUUAUGGGUCUAUCACAGAGGACAUUCUUACAGGCUUCAAGAUGCAUUGCCGGGGUUGGAGGUCAAUAUACUGCAUGCCCAAGAGACCUGCAUUCAAGGGCUCUGCACCCAUCAACUUGUCUGACCGUCUCAACCAAGUUCUCCGAUGGGCUCUUGGCUCUGUUGAGAUCUUCUUCAGUCGCCACAGUCCUCUCUGGUAUGGCUACAAGGGUGGAAACUUGAAGUUUCUUGAGCGCUUUGCGUACAUCAACACCACUGUCUACCCAUUCACCUCCUUACCUCUGCUCGCUUACUGUACCCUCCCGGCCAUUUGCUUGCUCACCGGAAAAUUCAUCAUGCCUACGAUAAGUACAUUUGCGAGUCUAUUCUUCAUUGCACUCUUCAUUUCAAUCUUUGCAACGGGCAUUCUGGAGCUGAGAUGGAGUGGAGUAAGCAUUGAGGAAUGGUGGAGGAACGAGCAGUUCUGGGUCAUUGGUGGUGUCUCAGCCCACCUCUUCGCCGUGGUACAAGGUCUUCUCAAGAUCUUGGCUGGAAUUGACACCAACUUCACUGUCACUUCCAAGGCUUCAGACGAUGAAGAGUUUGGAGAGCUCUACACCUUCAAAUGGACCACCCUGUUGAUCCCUCCUACAACUCUCCUAAUCAUCAACCUGGUUGGGGUAGUUGCAGGUAUAUCAGACGCCAUAAACAAUGGGUACCAGUCAUGGGGGCCACUCUUUGGAAAGCUCUUCUUCGCCUUCUGGGUGAUUGUCCAUCUCUACCCAUUCCUCAAAGGUCUCAUGGGGCGCCAGAACCGGACUCCUACUAUUGUUGUCAUCUGGUCAGUGCUUUUAGCUUCCAUAUUCUCUUUGCUCUGGGUCCGAAUUGACCCAUUUGUGGUAAAAGCUAAGGGCCCUGACACUAAGCAAUGCGGGAUCAAUUGUUGAGAUCUUUGUUUUCUUUUCUGAAUCUUUAGGUCUAUGUACAUUCUGAUGUGGACAAAAAAAAAAUAAUGGAACUACCAGAGAGGGAAUUUAGAACUCCAAAGAGAGAUUUUGUUCACUCUAUUUGAUUGUACUCAGUUUUGUAUUUGAUUGAACUUACAAGUUAUAUACCUGACAUAAAGGUGCCAUUGCAAA